AUGAAGCUCUUGCUGGACCGUGUGGCGGCUGCUUCGGUCGCCCUGGCCGCCUCGGCCGCGCUGCUGCUGGCCAAGCCGUCGGCGGCCAUCCCGCAAAUCACGAGGCGCGGCAAGUACCUCUACGACGGCGACAACCGAUUCUACAUCAAGGGCAUCGCCUACCAGGAGGCGGCGGCGGUGGCCGAGUCGACGCAGGCCAAUGAGGAAAACGGCGGCUUCCCGGAGCCCGACAGCUAUACCGACCCGCUGGCGCUGCCCGAGGCGUGCGCGCGCGACGUGGCCAACCUGCGCGACCUCGGCGUCAAUACGGUCCGCGUCUACUCGGUCAACUCGGCCCUCGACCACGAUGCGUGCAUGAAGAGCUUCAGCGACGCCGGCAUCUACGUCAUCCUCGAGCUGGCCCUGCCCCUCAAUGGCUCCAUCAACCGCGCCGAGCCCACCUGGGACGUCGGGCUGCUCGACCUCUAUAUCACCACCAUCGACGCGUUUGCGGGCUACGACAACCUGCUGGCCGUCGGCCUGGCCAACGAGGUCGUGACGCAGAGCUCCAACGCCAACGCCGCGCCGUUCAUCAAGGCGGCCGCGCGGGACAUCAAGGCCUACCUGCGCGCCCAGGGUCACGACCGCAUCCUCACCAGCUACGCCUCGACCGACGGCGCCUCGGGCCUCGACAACUGGCGCGACCAGCUGGCCCAGUUCCUGACGUGCGGCAGCGACGACGUCAGCAUCGACCUGUACGGCCUCAACUCGUACGCCUGGUGCGGCAACAGCAGCUACGACGCAUCGGGCUACGACUCGCUGGUGCAGGAGUUCUCCAACCUGCCCGUCGCCGCCUACCUGUCCGAGUUUGGCUGCGUCCAGGGCCUCGAUGGCCAGCCCCGGCCCUGGACCGAGGUGGCCUCGCUGCUGUCGGCGCCAAUGACCGACACCUUUAGCGGAGGCAUCGCGUUCAGCUACUUUCCGCAGGACUAUGGCCUCGACUACGGCCUCGUCUCCGUCUCGGGCGACAGCGUCACGCUGCGCAACCCGGCCUGGGACAACCUCAAGGCCGCCUACGCCCGGGCCGCACCGCCCGCGACGUCGCCCAGCAGCGCGGCGCCCAGCUUCCCGGCGUGCGCCGAGGCGUCGGACAGCUUCCCGGCGAGCCCGCAGCUGCCGCCCACGCCCAACCGCGAGCUGUGCAGCUGCCUGAGCGACGAGGCGUUUGGAUGCCACGUCGUGGCCGCGACGGAAAACGAGCCGACGAUCCUGGGCAGCCUGAUCGGCACGGCGUGCGGCUACCUCGACGAGGCCGGCUCCGGCUGCAACGCCAUCAUUGCCGACGGCGAGGCGGGCACGUACGGCAACUACUCGUUCUGCGGCGUGGCGCAGCGCCUCGAGUGGGCCAUGUCGACCUACCAAGAGAUUUCCAGUUUCGACGCCCAGUCGUGCGACUUUGCCGGCAACGCCACCGCGCACCGCGCCGUGUCGUCGCCCGCGGACGUCGAUGCCGGCUACGAGCGGUGCCUGGCCCGCUUCCCCAUCGGCGUCAAGGUGCCCACGUCGACGUCGUCGUCGCCGCCCUCGCCGCCCUCGUCGUCGUCGUCGGGCGGCGCGAGCGGGUCGACAGCCUCGAACUCGGCCAGGCCCUCUGGCGGUUCGUCGUCAAACUCGAACGCGGCCGUCUCGGGCCCGGCGGCUUCUCUGGUCCUCCCGACCGUAGCGGCCACCGCACUGCUGUCGUUGAGCAUCGCCGUUCUCCUCUAG